AUGUACAAGACUUACCUCAAACCCGCGCUUGUUGAUACCCUCACCAAAGAAGAACUCGAGGAAUACUCAUCGUCCUAUCCUCAGAACUACGAACGGGACAUCAGAUUAUUGCUCAAGAACGAGCCAAUUCACGUUCUCACCUUUGAAGAAGAGGAUUUUGAUCGAAUUAUCACCAAGGACAAUGACGCCAUUGAAAAAGCCAUUGCUGACUGGUACGAAUCUGAGAAAUCGGCAACCCUUAAGCUUAACCACUAUGAAGAAAAUCCUCACCCUAUCCUGAGUGUUGCCUUAUUCCGGACCCACUGUAAGGACCUGCCCUUGAACCAA